GAAUUCAAAUAAACAAAUCACCAUCAAAACAUGAUGAUUAAGUUAGGUUUCAUCCUCCUGCUCGUUCUUGGCUGUGCAGUCACAAUUAGUGCCAAGCCAGAGCCUCCCAAACCUAAUGCUUCAUCUGAUGCUUAUCAGAACUUCAACCGGACCAGUUUUCCGCCCGAUUUCAUGUUCGGGGCUGCCGGAGCGGCCUACCAGUUUGAAGGUGCUGCAAAGGAAGGGGGUAGAGGACCAUCUGUUUGGGAUACAUUCACUCACAAAUAUCCAGAUAAAAUAAAGGACCGCAGCAAUGGAGAUGUGGCUGUUGAUUCAUAUCAUCGCAUUAAGGAAGAUGUUGGGAUUCUCAAGGAUAUGGGUUGGGAUUUUUACAGAUUUUCAAUCUCAUGGUCUCGCUUGUUACCUAAUGGAAAGCUAAGUGGGGGAGUGAACAUGGAAGGACUAAACUAUUACAAAAACCUCCUCAAUGAGCUUCAAGCCAAUGGCAUAAAACCCUUCGUGACACUCUUUCAUUGGGAUUUUCCCCAGGCUUUGGAAGAUGAGUACCGUGGCUUCUUAAGCCCUAACAGUGUGAGUCAUUUUCAGGACUAUGCAGACCUCUGCUUUAAAGAAUUUGGUGACAAAGUAAAGCACUGGAUCACGUUAAAUGAGCCUCAAACUUAUAGCGUCCAAGGUUAUACAGUCGGAACAUUUGCUCCAGGCCGAUGCUCUAACCAUACAAAAUGCACAGAGGGUGGAAAUUCGGCGACGGAGCCAUAUUUGGCAGCGUAUCACCAACUUCUAGCUCAUGCAACUGCUGUAAAAGUGUAUAGAGACAAGUAUCAGGCUUCGCAAAAGGGCGUGAUCGGAAUAGCACUUAACUCCGGUUGGUCUGUACCCCUUUCUGAUUCUAUGGAGGAUAAAGGUGCUGCAAUGCGAGCACUUGAUUUUUCGUAUGGCUGGUUUAUGGAUCCGUUGACAAGGGGUAAAUAUCCAAAGCAUAUGGUAAAGCUAGUUGGAAGUCGAAUGCCCAAGUUCACCGAAGAGCAAUCCAGUCUGCUAAAAGGUUCAUAUGACUUUAUUGGAUUGAAUUACUACUCAUCGUCAUAUGCAAAAGAUGUUCCUGUUAAGGCUGCACAGCUAAGCCAGUCAACCGACGCCAAGGUCGAAUCAUUAAACAACCGCAAUGGAGUCCUCAUUGGUCCAAUGGCUGCAUCAAAUUGGCUAUAUAUUUAUCCACAAGGGCUUCUAGAACUAUUAAGUUACACAAAGAGAAAGUAUAAAAAUCCAGUUAUUUACAUCACAGAAAAUGGAGUUGACGAGGCAAAUGAUCCCAAAUUAUCACUUGAGGAAGCUCUCAUCGACAAAGAAAGAAUUAAAUAUUACGAUGCGCAUCUUUAUUACGUUCAAGAAGCCAUUAAGAAGGGCAUUAAUGUGAAAGGGUUCUUUGCGUGGUCUUUGCUCGACAAUUUUGAAUGGGCUGACGGUUACACUGUGAGAUUCGGUCUCAUUUAUGUGGAUUACAAAAACGGACUCAAAAGACAUUACAAACUCUCAGCUCGUUGGUGGAAGAAUCUUCUUUCCCGCUCGGGUCCUAAACAUAAUUCCUCAAAGAGCAACACCAAACCCUCAGGGGGCACCAGUUCAAAACCUAAAUCCUCAAAGGGCGACAUCCUUUAAUCGCUACGUGGAUAAUGAGUUUCACGUAUGUUGCCGUUUUUAUAAUAAUAAAUAAGUUUUCUGCAAAGGGAAAAAAAUGCUCCCUUUGAUUAGGAUGCAUUUGUUUCAUGAGUAAUUAAGGUUCAUACCUUCUAUUGAACUCUUGUAAUUAGCACAAAUAAGGAUUUCCCCAAGGAAAUAAUAUAAGAUCCAUUCUAGUUUCUCUCUUAA